GAGAAAAGUUUGACAUCCACAGAUAGAAAACACACACAAGACAGAGGACUGUCAGCUAUUCUUUUUGAAUUUUUCUUCACCUUAACUGCAGGUUAGGGAAAGAGAAUGGAUCGUGUUUCUUAUACGCAUUGACUCCACAUACGGGUGUGACAAUGAACCCAGGGAAGACCGAAGGCUGUUGGAGAUGGUGCUACAAGAGGUGCUCCUGUUGCUUAUCUGUGGAGGAGAGGAACGCUAUCACUGUACAUAAUAGAAUUAAUCUCGAGCUGGGGAAGCAUAAGAGAGCAGAACGCAGACAGAUCAAAGUGCUUUUAUCAGGACCCAGAAAAAGUGGGAAGACGACUUUCAUUAAACAUUUUAGGAUCGUUCAUGAUGUAAAUGUUCUUCCUGAAGAAGAAAAACAUGUGUAUGCUAAACGGGUUUUCCAGGAUGUCUUCAUGGCUAUGAAUGCAUUGACGGGAGCUAUGACCAGCCUGAAGAUUUCUUACGCCAACCCACAGAAUGAGAUGUAUGCCCAACAGUUUCAGGAAGUGGACAUAGAACAGAUAACACAAUUGAACAGAAUGAAUGUUGAAGCUAUACAUCGACUUUGGCAUGACAGAGGCAUCAAAUUGUGUUACAGUCGCCGUAGUGAGUACCAGCUAUCAGACUCUACAGAAUACUUGAUGACAAAUUUAGACCGUAUUGCGGCCACAGACUACAUCCCCACAUACCAGGAUGUGCAAAUGAUUCAGAAAUUUGGCACCAGCAGUGAGUGUUCCUUUUAUGUGGAGAGGAUCAUCAUCAGAAUUGUUGAAAUCAGCUGUCAAAAGUCAGAAAGUCAAAAAUGGAUCAAUUGCUAUGAGGAUUUUGAUUGUGUCAUAUUUUUAGCUUCCCUCAGUGAGUAUGACCAGCGCCUGGAAGAGAAUAACGGAGAGAGCCACAUAAAAGAGAGCUUGUCACUGUUCUACAAUACCAUCCACUCGCAGUGGUUCGCCAAGUCCUCAAUCAUACUUUUCUUAAACAAGAAAGACAUCCUGGCAGAAAAGAUCCAGACAUCAGACAUGCAAACCUACUUUCCGGAUUUCCAAGGCAAACGUCAGGACGCGCAGGAAGCCAUGGAGUACAUCGCAGAGAUGUUUAUGCAGCAGGCUGUCAAUGUUGAGAACAACAACCAUAUACACAUCUACCCUAACUUCAUCUGCGCCAUGGACCUCGAUGACAUGCGGAAGGUUUUCAAUAUUAUUAAACAAAGCAUACUUGACUAUAAUUUAAGAAGAAUUGGUGUACUCUAAACUGGCCCAAGAAGUGCUAACCUUUUCUGGAUGUAAAAGCACAGAUCUCCCUUUUGUUUUAUGUUAAUGUCGUUAACAGACCUACGCUGAAUACAUAAAGGAUGGUGUGAAAUGUAUUAUGCAUCUGUAAUCUUACUUUUUGAUUAAUAUUUUUAUAAUUUCCCAAACAGUGUGAUGGGUUUAAAUAAACAGACUGACAGAAAACUUGGCAGAUUUUGUUGAAUUAAAGCAUCAUUCAACUCUUACACAUUCCCUCUUUUAUUGUAUGUUUGUAUUAUUGACUCCAGAGAAAAAUAUUAAAGAUAUAUACUACUUAAAAGUGGAGGUUGUUAUUUAUAAAUUA